AUGCGUAUUUUCUAUUUGGUUGCAAAUUUUAUGGAUUUCGUCGAAGUUUACGAGUCUUUGCUAGAACUUUUCCCGCAGAUUGAUGCUCGAGCUCUUAGAGCCGUUGCUAUCGAGCACAACAAGGAUCCGAAUGCAGCUGUUGAGGCAGUUCUUGAGGAGAUAGUCCCUUUCUUUUCCGAAAGAUCUGCGCCAAGUAGCCCGUUGAAUCAGAGCAUAACUAUGGUUGAAUCCACUGAAGCUCUGGGGAAUGGCCACUCUAUGGCUUUCGAAAAUCAACAAUUUCUUAACGAACAUCAAGAAAGACAGAACGAUUCUGCUGAGUUGAGAAAAAAUCACGGGAUUGACGUGAUUAUGAGUGCUAAUGUGCACUCUCCUAGUGAACCUCUCGUUGUGAUAGAUUCGAAUGCCACUGAUACUCUUCAGGUUGAUAUAUCAGAAGGGCACGAAACAGAGGAAAAAAAUUCAGGAAAUAGUUUCUCUGAAAAUAGCCCCAAGAUUUCUUCUAACGGAAUGCCUCAAGAAAGUGAUGCUACUGUGAGACUUUCUGAAAGUGAUUUAGAGAAAUCUGACGUGGAUAUGUCGAGUGAUACACUCGAGGAAAAAUCCACCUCGAGUGCCAUGACCCAAUCUAGUCAAGCUCAAGUAAUGAUUGUUGUUGAGGAGAUUAUUGAAGAAGCUAGAGACAGUCAGAAAAUGCUGUUCACAGCGAUGGAGUCUGUUAUAAGCUUGAUGAGGCAAGUCGAGCUCAAAGAGCAAGCAGUUGAGCAAGCAAAAGGAGAAUCUUCAGUUGGUGGCAAGGACACAAUGGAAAAAGUUGAAGAGCUUAAGCAAAUACUGCAACACGCAAAGGAGGCAAAUGAUAUGCAUGCUGGGGAAGUGUAUGGUGAAAAGGCCAUCUUAGGGACCGAGUUGAGAGAGCUUCAGUCCCGUGUGCUCUCAUUGUCGGACAAGAGGGACAAAUCUCUUGAAGUUCUUGAUGAGAUGCGAAAAAUUUUGGAAGUUCGAUUAGCAGCCGUUGAGAACGAAAUACAAUCCGCUGAACAGGAGAAACUAGAAAAGGAAAACACUGCUCUUAAACUACUUUCUCACCAGGAAUUAAUUAUGGAAAAAGUUGUGCAAGAGUCCAAGAUCCUUAAGCAACAGGCAGAAGAAAAUGCCAAGAUGCAAGAAUUUCUCGUGGACCGUGGACGUGUUGUCGAUAUGUUACAAGGAGAAAUAGCCGUGAUAUGUCAAGACGUGAGGGUUCUAAAAGAGAAAUUCGACGAGAAUGUUCCCUUGAGCAAAUCGCUUUUUUCGAGUCAGACGAGCUUCAUUUUAGCUUCUGCCACCAGCUCAUCACUGUCGAAAAGCCCGAGCGUGGAUCCGGUGGAGCUACUGCCUACGGUAAAAGAUGAUCUGCUGGGGACUCAAGACGAGCAGGUACCUGAAGAGAAAACCGACCGGGAGCAACUUGUAGAUGACGGGUGGGAUUUUUUCGAAGAGCGUGAAAUAAAUGCAUGA